UGUUUUAUUAGUCAGACAUAGUUGUUUAUGAAUUGGCUAGCAUCCUCAAAGGUUCUUUGUCCUUGUGUGUACAUUUUAAAAGAUGUGCAUUAGCAAGAACAAGGACUAUUGUUUAUGCAAAUCUAGAAGCAGAACAAAGCCAGAGUGUUCUAUGGCCACUAGUUUAAGAAAGAAGCAAUUGAAAACUUGUACAAUAAAGCAUUCAAGGUGAGCAUAGAAAAAAACAGUGGAACAUCACUUUUUCAUUUUUUCUCUUAUUUUCUUGUUUGUUUUUUUUCCUCCAUCUAUCUAUGUACACGUCAAAUUAUCAUUAAUGAAUAAUGACACUAUAACUAGACUUAGACAUAUCACGAAUUGGUGAAGUUGAAUUAGAUAUAAUAAGGCAUUCCUUGAGAGAAAGUUCAGUUUAGAACUGAAUUAAAACUUGAAAGGUUUAUCCUAACCAAAGAUUGGAAGAAAGUUCAUAUUUAUAUGAGCCAUUCAGCGAAGGUUUUGAUUCAGAAUAUAACUCAGCAAUGACAAUGAAGGCUCGGGGCAAUGAGGUUUUCAAUGGGAAGUACACAGCAAGAACCACAGCCAAAAGCUUUCUCCUGGUACCCUUCACUCUUCUUCUCAUCAUGCUCCCUCUUUCUCUCAUGAGGAACUCUCACGAAUCAACUCCUGAGGUGUCUUCUGCAACUGUCAGCAGCAGUUUGAACAACACAGAAAUUAAACACUGUGACAUCUUUUCUGGGAGAUGGAUGCAUACUUCCAGACCACCUUACUACACCAAUGAAACAUGCCACUGGAUUAUUGACCAGCAAAAUUGCAUCAAGUUUGGGAGACCCGAUAGAGAGUACCUGCAUUGGAGGUGGAAGCCUGAUGAAUGUGAGCUUCCUCUCUUCAAUGCAACUCAAUUCUUGAAUCUUCUCAGAGGAAAGAAAAUGGUUUUUGUUGGAGACUCGGUGGGGAGAAACCAGAUGCAGUCUUUGUUGUGCCUCCUAAGUCAUGUAUCUGAACCUGAGGAUGCUUCUCACAAAUAUUCUUCAGAUGUCAUGUACUUCAAACGGUAUAUCUAUCACGAGUACAACUUCACCCUUGGAAAUCUGUGGUCUCCAUAUUUUGUGAGAUCCAGUGAUGCUGACCCAAAAGGGCAUUCCUUCAACAGCAUAAUGAGACUGUAUGUGGAUGAGGCAGAUGAAGCAUGGACCAGUGAGGUUGAGAAGUUUGACAUUGUGAUAAUCUCAUCAGGGCAAUGGUUUUUCAGGCCUCUGCUGUUCUAUGAAGAGGGUAAGCUUGUGGGAUGCAACAAGUGUGGGAUGGAGAAUGUGACAGACCUGACACACCUCUUUGGAUACAGGAAGGCAUUCAGGACAGCAUUUAGGGCACUGAAUGAUCUAGAAGGGUACAAGGGGGUGACAUUUUUUAGGACAUUCUCCCCAGCACACUUUGAGAAUGGGGAUUGGAACAAGGGAGGGAAGUGUGUGAGGACUAGGCCAUUCAGCAAACAAGAAAUGAAGCUUGAUGGAUACAUUCUAGACAUGUAUAUGACACAAGUGGAGGAGUUUGUAGAAGCACAAAGGGUAGCAAAAGAGAGGGGGUUGAAUUUUGUGAUGAUGAACACAACUGAGAUUAUGCUUCUUAGGCCUGAUGGACAUCCCAACAACUAUGGACAUUCUCAGGACAAAAAUGUGACACUGAAUGACUGUGUUCACUGGUGUUUGCCAGGGCCAGUUGAUACUUGGAAUGAGUUUUUGCUGCAUAUGUUGGAUGUAGAAAGUAAGGGAUAUUAUAGUUCAAAGCUGGAGAGAGUUUUUUAAGAGCUUUGGAUUUAGCAUGUGGAAGAUAUUGUUAACCAUGUGGAGAUACUUUUUGUUGUUUUGUUUUUGGGUUCAGAGAAGUAUAUUGUAUUUAUGUUUUGUAGAUCAUAUAGAAUGUAUAUCCAAAAGGUAUUUGUGGACACAAAUUGUCUUCAUUAGCUGUCAUGCAUUAUGAUAAAAUGGGCAAUAUUCAUUCAUGCCCAAGAACUUCAAAUGUAUCACAAUAAUUGCAAGUAAGAAAGUAAGAAAGGCUCUUCUGACUUCACUACAAA